AUGACACCAGCUCCGUCGGAUCAUGGCAGCUUUGCUUCCAUAGAUGAGGCCACCCUUCAAAGACGCAAGAGGCCUUUUUCUGAGGCCAUGGGAGGAAACGAGGGGUCCACACAUCCAGGUGCAGCUCCCCAGGAUCCCCCAUCUCGGGGCCUGUACUAUCAAGGCGGCAGCUGUCCGCCGUGUGUGCCGCCAAUGCAUACUUCCGCACUAAAUCUUUUCGGAAGCCUGCUACCCCCGAUGGCACAGCGUCCCGACUCUCCCGAGCCGCCGCAGGGUCACGCAAACCCAGUCACAGUCUCUCAUGCCACUCUAGAUAUGUUGAACAUGGCUGCAACCCGUCCACCACUCGGGUUUGAGCAUCAUAAAUACCCUGGUACUCAGCAGUUUGUCCCUUCUCGCAUUACCAGCGAUGGCACCAUGUCCAUGCAUCUCGCUCACGUUGCCUCCACGUUUGGCGGAUAUGAUGGCCCACAGCUUCUCCAAGGAUUUGCGCCACAAAGUAUGCCGCCGUACAGUCCGAUGCAGUGGACGCAGGGCCGGCCAAUUCCUGGUCAUGGAGGCGAAUAUAUGGUUGGUACGCAGUUUCAAGAGUCGCCAGCGCCGGUUAGAAAUAACGUAGAAGGGGAAACUUCGGGCUUUCAACGAGCGCGCCGUGGAAAGUUAGCGCAGCUCUACGAACGGUUCCUAACACCAAAAAAGGGACCCCUUAUGGGGCUUGGUUACAGUAUGAUCGCUUAUCGUGGAAAGAAGCAAGCGUGUUGGCUCAACUCCGGACUGGCAUGA